AUGCCCUGUAUAUAUCAUAAAAAUGUGUGUGUGUGUGUGCACGUAUGGUGUAAGUGUACUGGGUUUGUAUAUGCCAUGAAGCGGCCACGUCUCUCGCCCGAAUGCCAGACGGACAAAAACGACUUGUACAAGGAGCACUGUGAGAGGCUUUGGGGAAAAUGGGAAGAACUGAAGACAAAGACGAUAGCGCAGGCAUCAGACGAAGUGAUGAGUGACUUGGACUCUGCAAAAAGACUCGCCAAAGCACUCCAAUAUCUGCUGCAGGCAACGAAAGCUGAUGAACAUUCCCCGGAUCCGGUGAUCAACUGCAUUCAUGACUUUUGGUCCUUCAAUCGCUUCCGGGGCGGCUGGCAGCUGGCUAAGAAGAGAGUUCCUGAGCAACAACUCCAUUACGCGUUGAAGCCGGUACAGAGCUUCACGUCAGAAGAGCUGGAAAUCGAGAAGUGGAACGAUCGAGGAGAUGUCGAAGGGUUCCUGCGUGCUUUGACCCGUCGCUACAAAUUGCAGGACGAAGAUCUUCAGCAUGCUUCAGGCUGGUCUCCGGAACGGUGCGUCCGCGAAGCACGGGACGUUCUCAAGCGAGAUGCAAUGCACCUGUGCAUCUAUUUGGCUGGGGACGACGACUUCGUUGCCUCGUGUGCCGACUACAUCCAUGGACACUAUGCUCAGAAGAAUCACCCGCAAGCCAAGAAGUUCAGCGAUCUGGAGGAACAUGAACAGAGCAUCACGAAGGCCAAUAUUAGGCUCGACUUCGAGGCGGUGGCCCUUCUUCUGAGUGGCGAGUAUACAGAAUUCGACUCCACGUGUUCUGCAAGUGCUGUGAAGUGA